UCGCCGUCUCGCAUCCAUCUCUUCCCUCGCCUCUGCCUACGAUGUCCUUCGCUGCCCCCGUACCUCGCAUCCCGCUCGUGUCCGUACUCCGCCACCUCGACGCGUCGUGGGCGCCUAUCUCGCCCGCCGCUUCCGCUUCUGCACCCACUUACGCCCACGACGCAACCCAAGGACCCGAGGGAGGAGCCGAACUGCCGCAGUUGGGACUCGGACUGGUGCUUGGAAUGGGCGGUGUGCCAAUAUAUAUCCCGCGCGGGCAGCUCGACCUGGGCUCCCCAUCGCAAUCGCAAUCCAGGUACUCCCAGCGCCUGCGCAGCAUCGCACCCGCACCCCUGCAGCUCGCGUCGCCCACGCCGCGCGCUCCCCUCCGCACCCUCCGGCAGCCCGCAGCGCAGACGCCACCUGCACUUACCUCCGCCCAUCGCGUCGUCACGCCAGCUUCGGCCGUCUUCGCGGACGUACCGCUCGCCACCGCCGACUUGUUCGCCACCGCGUUCUCUAUCUCGCCACCGUCAGAUCGCAAAGGGUCGACCUCGUCCGCAAUGGCGUCGCCAUCCACCGCGCCUACAUCGCUCGUAUUUCCUGGAGAUUCGGAGAACAGGCACCCUGGGUGGAGUACCAACCCGCCGACGUAUGUCGACACGCUUAACUGGCAGCGGUCUCCAUCGCGGUCUCUGGGUAGCCCGUACUCUCCCUUUACGCCAAGGUCUGCGCACGCGGGCCCGUCAAAUCUUCGUAGGACCGUGUACAGUCCCAAGACGCCCACACGCAAGUCAACUCGCGAGCCCCAAGUUCUGUUCACCCCUGCAGGCCAAACGGUCGCUGCACCGCCACCACUCCUUCGAACGGGCAUAGUGUCGCUUCCAGAUGUGACGGACGAAGGAUUGCCGUCGCCGGAGAGUCAGCUUCUCUCGCCGCUACAUGCGAAUCUGCGACUCGAUAUGAACACCGAGGACCUCAUGCUCAGGACAGAGAAGUGCUCCGAGACGAUCGCGCGCGCAUCGCUGUCUCUGUGCUCCUGCAGCCUUCUCCGAGAGCCGGAGGCCAUCAUUGCCCUCUGUGACGCGCUCCGAGAGACCUUCUUGUCUGUCCAACGCGCGCUGGAUGGCACUCCAUCUGAUUUCUCUGUGGACGGAGUAGACGCGAAACGGCUGUGGUAUGUCAAGCACUGGCAGGUAAUCGCUUCCCUGGACAGGAACCUCAAUCUCUUUUACUUGCUCGCGCACCAGAUCGAGAAGCGUCCGCCCAGGAUCCACACGCUUGCGUCGCUCAUCGACAAGCUGAGUACGUACCAGGCUAAGUUCGCGGACCUCGCGCGGCGGAUCACUCUCUCGCACGAGAAGUUUCGCUUCCUCGGCCUCCGCGCCCAGCUCUCCUCGCGCACUCCAGUGGCCGACCAUGAGGACCACGUCUUGCUGCACGACGCGCGCGCGACACGCCAGGAAGGGCGCGCACGGCGGCGCGAGAUACGCGAGGAGAUAACGCGCGUCCGGGGGCGGAUGCGCUCGAUCUGCGAGCGCGACCUAGAGAACACCGGCAUGCCGAACACGACUUUUCACGACGAAGACGAAGACAUGGAUCGUCCAGGAUGGGUCCGUAAGGAUGGAACUCGACGAUAGAUAUCAGAGAGCCGGGAGAGUCAUCGUGGCUGGUGCUUGCGAAGGCGUGGCUGCCGGCAGGUGGGGCGCACAUGGUACCUCAUGGCUCCAGGCCUCAUUUUCGUCCAGCUCACGCCUCGUACACUGGCGCUCGUCUCUGCUACGGUUCCCCGGGGCGAUCUGGGUGUCACGACAUGAUGUAACGACCUCGCGACGCCGUACAUGCGCCGCCACACGCAUGACGGAGUCAACGUCUGCUUUGAUGUAUCUAUAGGAAAUGUAGCCUAUGUAUCGUCCAUGAUCUAUUGCUAAUGAAGUCACUCG